AGUGUUUGGAACAACAGAAAUGACUACACUAUACAUGCCGCUGUUCAGAACCUGCACAACCUCAAGAUCACUCACUCAACUCCAUGCCCGCCUCAUUAUCACAGGUCUCCACAAAGAAGCCCAAGCUUCCACUAAGCUAAUAGAGUCCUAUGCCAAAAUGGGAUCCCUUGCAACUUCAAGAACCAUAUUUGACUUAUUCCCCGAACCCGAUUCUUUCAUGUGGGGCGUGCUGAUCAAGAACCAUGUCUGGAAUUGCUGCUUUCAAGAAGCCAUUUAUCUCUACGACGCCAUGCUUUCCCAGCUUCCUGAAAUGAGUGAUUACAUAUUCCCUUCUGUUUUGAGGGCCUGCGCUGCAAUUGCCGAACUGGGUGUCGGUCAAAAAGUCCAUGGGAGGAUUAUUAUGACUGGGUUUGCGUCUGAUCCUAUUGUUGAGACCUCUUUGUUGAAUAUGUACGGCGAGCUGGGGAGUGCAGUCUAUGCACAGAGACUGUUCGAUGGAAUGUUGAUAAGAGAUACCGUUUCGUGGAGCUCGAUCAUUUCCUGUUACGUACAUAACGAUCAGCCUGGGGAGGGUUUGAAUGUAUUCAGGGGAAUGGUGAAGGAAAGUGUUGGAAUUGAUUCAGUUACACUGCUUAGUGCAGCAGAUGCCUGUGGGGAGUUGGGUCUAUGUCAAAUAGCAAAAUCUGUGCAUGCUUAUAUUUUGAGAAAAAACAUCCCAAGUGAUGGGGCAUUGAGUAAUUCCCUCAUUGCAAUGUAUGGGAAAUGUGGAGAAAUAGGUAAUGCUGAGUCACUCUUUCGCCAUUCUAUCAAUAAGAGCACUUGCACAUGGACAGCAAUGAUUUCCAGCUUUAAUCAGAACGGAUAUUAUCGUGACGCAUUAUCCGUCUUUGUUGAAAUGCAACAGUCAACUGUAGAGCCCAAUGAAGUGACUUUGAUGAGCAUUUUGUGUGCUUGUGCAAGAUCAGGUUUGUUAAAGGAAGGGAAAACCAUUCACGGCUAUCUUAUCAGAAAUGAUGUUAUAGACUCUAAUCCUAAUAAUGACACCCUGAGGUCUGCUUUAGUAGACUUGUACGCCAGUUGCAGAAGGCUAGGGGAUUGCCACAAGGUAUUUGACACAUCGAAACAUCGACAAAUCAUUUCAUGGAAUAUGCUUAUAUCCAGUUACUCCAAUGAAGGGAUGUGCAUCGAGGCAUUGAUGCUAUUCAUGGAAAUGAGAAGCAAGGCAAUACUUCCAGACUCUUUUACCCUUGGAAGUGUCAUUUCAGGUUUUGGAGACACCGGUUUUUCUCAAUCCGGGAGCCAGAUGCAUUGCCAUGUCAUCAAGGCAGGAUUUUCAGGAAAUGAGUUUGUCCAGAACGCACUAAUUGAGAUGUACUCUAAAUCCGGGCUUUUGUGCUCGGCUUAUGCCGUCUUUGAGGAGAUCAGUGACAGAGGAGUUGUGGCUUGGACAUCAAUGAUGUGUGGGUUUUCCCAAAAUGGUAAAUCUGAGGAGGCUAUUGCUUUGUUUGAUGAAAUGUUUUCAGGUUCACUUCCAAUGAGCGAGGUGACCUACUUGAGUGCAAUUCAAGCAUGCUCUAGCAUAGGUUUUCUUGAAAAGGGGAAAUGGAUUCACCAUAAGCUGAUCAUCUUUGGUGUAGUAAAGGACGAUUUGUACAUCAACACAUCUCUGACAGACAUGUAUGCUAAAUGUGGAGACCUUCAAACAGCUCAACAAAUCUUCGGGAGAAUUGCAGAGAAAAGUAUAAUCUCAUGGAGCGCGAUGAUAGGCGGUUAUGGCAUGCAUGGUCAUAUCACUGCCGCAAUAUCACUCUUUACUGAAAUGGUAGAUUCCGGAAUAAGACCAAAUGAUGUGAUUUUCAUGAAUAUUCUCUCUGCUUGUAGUCAUGCUGGGUAUGUGAACGAAGGAAAGUAUUAUUUUAAGGCCAUGUUUGGUUUUGGUAUUGAGCCAAAAACCGAACACAUCGCAUGCCUAGUGGAUCUUCUUAGUCGGGCAGGUGAUGUAGAAGGAGCAUAUGAGAUUAUCAAAUCAAUGCCAUGCCGUGUAGAUGCUAGCAUCUGGGGUUCACUCAUAAAUGGGUGUAGAAUCCACCACAAAACAGAUAUUAUCAGAAACAUUCAGGAGAACCUUUUGAAUGUACAGACUGUGGAUAGUGGAUGCUAUACAUUAUUAAGUAAUGUACAUGCAGAGAGAGGGGAGUGGAGGGAAUGCAAGAGUGUUAGGUCCAAAAUGCAUAGUGCGGGUCUUAGGAAGGUCCAUGGGUAUAGUAUGAUUGAAACGGAUAGGAGUGCUUUCCAUCCACCGGAUGAUCUGGACUUGCUAACUUGCUAGAGCUGGACCGUUGAAACGAAGGGAUGAGAAAUGGUGCACAUAAGCGUGGGAACAGGAUGAGAAAUGGCGCACAUGGUAGAAAUUGGGUUGUUUCAGCUUGUAGGGAUAGGUUGAGUGAUGUAGAAAUAAUUUGAAAUUGUGAACGAACAUCAUCAUCAUCAUUACCCCAGUGCCGCAAAAGCUCCGGAUGACCCAUAGUGAAAAUCGUGUCGAAAAAUUACAUGGACUGACUGGUGCUUCAUAACAAAAAUGCGCAGACAGUGUAGUAAAGAGAACUCAUAGUGCUUUUUGGUGUAAGGAUGUGGCAUAAUGGUUCAAGGGACAUAUAUAAGCACUUUAGCAACAUCAAGUUACUGUGGUUUAAAGAGGUAUUUUGGCAUUUUAAUGAAGACCCGGUCACCCGGGGCCCGGCUGUGUUUGGUGUGGGAUGUCAACGUGGUUGGCAUUAUUCACAUAGAAAAAGAAUAUUUAAUAUUAGACAUAUUGAUAUUUCACAAGGAUGGUAUUGGUGAGUUGAAGCUGGAUGGCUGUUCGAAGGGGACGGUCAGAAUCUGCUAGCAUUGAGCACAGAAAGAGGCACAAUGAGGACAUAUUGGUGCUUUUUCUAGCAGAAUUUGGCAACAUGAGUUCAGUGUGCUCUGAAUUUGGAGCAAGACCACAUCGCCCAGCAACUGAGAAAUAAGCUCGCUGAGGUUAAAUCAGAUUUUUUUAGAGAAGCAAGAGUCUAGACAAGGAUCAACCUCAAGAUUUGGCUAUUAUCAUCUUGCGCUUGCGGUGCCAAACUUUCAUUUUCAUAGCGUUUCUUGACUGUUAUUGAAUAAAUGCUGUUCAAUGCAAAAAUAUACUUUGGGCCUGAAACAGACAUCAAUGAUACCAACAUGCCGUUGUUUAUAGUACUUGGGCCAUGAGUUGCGGUGGAUGAGCCACCAGGUGCGGUUGUUCUCCUCCAACGAAAAUGGAGAUCGGCGGUCUUGGUCGGCAAGGCAAAUUCUAUUGAUUGGAACGAUUACUAGUUCUUGGUUCUUGAUUGGUUGGGCUAUCUGGUGGGGAUGGUUCAUGGUUGGAUGAUGAGACAGAGAGAGUUUGAAUACCCAACUGUAGCAGAGCCUGAGACUCUGAGAGAUCGGAUCAAAAUACGGUUGCAAGGCGGGACUGAUAGAUUAGGCCAGCCUGAGAGCUUGGGUGAGUGUAAUUGUGAUAGAUUUUAGGGCUCCUCUGGUUUAAGGAAUGUCGGAUUACUAUGACAAUG